AUGUAAUAAAACAAUAUAAUCGUAAUUUACUCUGUGUACUUUAUUUAUUAUAUUAAAUGCAGAUGAAAUACUGAUGACCUGUUUUUGACAUUACAGCGCAACCAAAUCCUUGUUUAAUAUUGACUAAACAACAUUUAACUGUCCACUUAAUCUUUGAUAUUUGGUCAUUUCUUUAUGACAGAAAUGCUACAGCCACUGUACUUUCUUGAACAUGUGGACAUCAGAUGUAGCGGAUGUAGAUGUUGACUGUUUGUGCGGAGCAGCGUUUACUGUGAAAAGAGCCGUGACCUACAAGCAUAGAAAUAAAGCACAGAUUAAACCAUUGAAUCACAGACUUGUUGAAAUCAAAAUAUCACUUAUUAUGAUUUUUAAAUGGUUUUAAUAUUUUGUGCAGCCUUAGAAAACAGUCUAAUAAUGCAUUUCAUGGAUUAUUGUCCGAUUAAUCGACACGGCAAAACGCAAUCAAGGAAUUUUUUUAUUUUUUUAUUUUUUUUUUAUAAUCGAGUACUCAGACUUAAUCGAGGAAUCAUGACAGCCCUAAUCUAAACAUUGAUGGCAUUCAGAGAGGGACUGAUGCUGCAGAUUGGGUGGAGUGUGAUGUGUGGAGAAAGACCUGAAGCACUAGUCACUGAAUCACUAUCUGAUCUUAUUAAGGAUUCUCAUGACUUCCUGUUUUUUUUUUUUUUUACCUGGCUAUCCUCCUUUUGCUCAUGCUAUGAUUUUCUUUCUUUCUUUUUUUUUUAGUUUGGCAGUUGCCAUGGACAUCUGUACCAACAUGAUAAGACUGUAAUUGUACCAAUAUCUGCUCCAGGGUUCGAAUAAUUUUGAAGCCCGUCACAUGAACAGUCAAAUGUUCCAUCUCGAAAUAUCUUUGUGAUAUAUUUGGUUUAAAUCGGCAUACAAAAUAGGCUGUCACUGGGCUCUUUUUCACUCCUGCUUUUUUCCUUUACAAUUCUACACAAAACAUAAUGCAGUAUGACUACAGUUAUUAAAAAUGACUGAAGAGAUGCAUUAAAAUGGGAAAAUAUGCACAAUGACUAAUAUAAAUGAACAUAGGGAUUUACACUUUAAUGAAGGGGGCAAAUGGUAUGGAAUUAGUUAUUUCCCAAGUGUGUGAUGCUUGAGAUAUUUAUUCAAAUUAAUGUUUUCAAGUGUAUUUAAUGUGUUAUUUGGAAAAUAUGCACCGUAUUUCACUAAAGCAUGUCAAGAAGCAGAAUCUCUACAUGCCAGUAUCACUAAUACGUAAGAAGAACCUUUUGAAUCAGUUGCAUUAUAUGGCUUACAAAAAAAUGGGAACAUUAUGCACAACAUCGGCACAAUCGAGUCCUUUUCACAGUGCACAGAGAAACAAAACAUAUGAGCUUGCAUGUCUGUGGAUUUUCAAUAUAAUAAAUUUGUGCACGUAAUUCUCAUAUAUACGGAGUAUAAUGUGAGUCUCCUUUGAAAGGAGGCACAGGAAACAUCACAGAAAACAGAGCUAUGUGAUCUAUGUUCUUGGUGUACUCCGGUGUUGAUAUUUAUAAAAAAAAAAAAAAAAAAAAGCUAAAUAAAUAUAUUGUUGGCACAAAAGCUACACUAGUUGGUCCUUCAGAGACUCUAUGGUUGGUGAUCAUAUGGGUGUACGUCUAUAAGCUGCUGCUAACAUGUGUUUAUGGCAUUUGAUUGAAUACCAGUAAUAUGCACGAAAGCAGGAGAAAUGUGAUUGUUAAUAUGUGGUGACUCAGAAGUGCCAUUUACCAUUUGCGAUAUUCAGAAACACAAAUGUCAAUGAACAAAUAAACCAAAAAAAAAAAAAUGACAAAAAUAAAAACCAUCCGUACUGUGUUUCAGCAAAGGAGGGUCAAUCGAUUAUAAAAAUCUGAAGUAUCCCGGACCAAUGGUAAUCUAUAUUAUAAAACUGAUUUGACUGAUUUGACACCCAAACAAGAACAAGAGCUUCAGAUAAAGCAGGAACAUGCAAAACUUUAUGAUUAGGUGGCAAAAGGCCAUAAACACACUAUUUACGCUUCUCUCCGGAAGACUUUCUUGGCACUUUGCCUAAAGAGCGCAGGGUCGUUUCAGGUCAGGCCUGGUGUGUUGUUGUAAAGGAAGUGCAAGGCAUUCGACUCGCUGUAUUUCACUUCCUUGUUUUUCACGUGCCGGAAUCACAUUUGAAAAAUCAGACCCUGAGAAGACGGCAAAGAAGUGGCAGGUUGAAGAGUAUGUCCCAAAAAAUCUGUAAAUCAGCAAACAUAUUCGAUGUAUUUAAGAUGCACGAGGAGUUGCCAUGCACGCUGGGAUCAGUCUGAACAGGGCGACUUUGAAGAUUCUGCAUGAGGUUAGAUUGUGGCCAGACCGAAAUGAAAUGAGUGGCUAACGACUGACCUCUUCCGCUGCACCACCACCACCACCAGCAACCUGUAGCAUCUAACCAGUGCCUCUUCACCAGCCUGAUACACACCCACACCCACACCCACAUACACAGAACACCAUCAGACUGUGACAUCAGGUGCAAGGGGAUGACCGAACGCAUUCACCACAUUAAUCUCCACAACUUUAGCAAUUCUGUACUUGAGACCCUCAAUGAGCAGCGAAACCGCGGGCACUUCUGUGACGUGACGGUUCGGAUCCACGGUAGCAUGCUGCGAGCUCACCGCUGUGUGCUGGCUGCAGGCAGCCCCUUCUUUCAGGACAAGCUGCUCCUGGGCUACAGUGACAUCGAGAUCCCCUCUGUGGUUUCUGUGCAGUCCGUCCAGAAACUGAUUGACUUCAUGUACAGCGGCGUGCUGCGGGUCUCCCAGUCCGAGGCCCUGCAGAUCCUCACGGCUGCCAGCAUACUUCAGAUCAAGACCGUCAUCGACGAGUGCACCCGCAUCGUUUCGCAGAAUGUGGGCAUUGCUGGACCUGGCAGCUUUUCCGUCGUCCCAGGCGACUCGGGGCAGGAGACGCCUCGGGGAACCCCUGAGUCCGGCACGUCCGGCCCCAGUAGUGAUGCCGAAUCAGGCUACAUGCAAACAUCUCACCAGAGCCUUGAGCGCGUUUACUCCUCGCUUUAUUCCAACUGUUCUGGGUUGGGCCUGCAAAAUGGUACCCGUGGAAAUCGCUCCCACUAUGCCAGCGCCGUGGUGAACGCCAGCUACGACUCGCCCCUUCCACUACAGCAGAAGGAGGGAGGGCAGGACCCUGCCUGGAUCACACGCAUCCACGAGCGCUCGCAACAGAUGGAGCGCUUCCUGGCCACGACAGAGACUACACACUGCCGGAAACAGCCUCGUCCCGUGAGGCUCCACACAGGUGAUAUUCACAUCAAGCAGGAGCAAGGGGACGAGUACACCUGCUACGGGCUGGAGGACUGCCGCGAGGACAGCGAGCAGCUGGAGUGCGUCGAGAGCGAGCCCAAGGGCGAGAGCUUCGACUCCGGCGUCAGCUCUUCCAUCGGCACGGAAACGGAUUCUGUCGAGCAGCCCUUCAUGUCUGGGUUCGCUCGAGACAACUGUCCGAAUAAAGGCCUGCAAGCUGAGCGGGGAACCCCUGUGCAGAUCGAGGUCAACGAUUCAUCCCCCGAGCAGACCCAAGAGUCGGUGGAAGACGAGAAUAGAAACGGUCCUUCUCAAGAGAGUGGCGAGCUCGGAAUCCAUCAGCCGCCACAAGCGUCCCAGUCGAUGCCUGGUGGGCCGUACCUGCGGCCAGGUGAGCCACUUACCAGCAACCUGCGUAUGCCCCUCACCCUGACCAGCAACACCCAGGUAAUGGGAUCCGCAGGCAACACGUACUUGCCUACACUCUUCGCAACCCAGUCAGCCAGCGACAACAAGCCUUUCCUCUUCAGCCUGCCCCAGUCCAUUGGGAGUCAGCAGCCCCAGUUUGUGGCAGUGCCCUCUCCCAGCAUGCCUCCGUUCCCCGGUGGACUGACCGUGCCACCGGGUGGAAGUCAACAGCAAGGUGGUGCUACCGUGGGACAGCACGGGGAGAAGAAGCCCUACGCGUGCACUCUUUGUUCCAAGACCUUCACUGCCAAACAAAACUUCGUGAAACACAUGUUUGUGCACACAGGUGAAAAGCCGCACCAGUGCAGUAUCUGCUGGCGUUCGUUCUCGCUGAAGGAUUAUCUCAUCAAACACAUGGUCACACACACAGGUGUCCGAGCGUACCAGUGCAGCAUCUGCAACAAACGCUUCACCCAGAAGAGCUCGCUCAACGUCCACAUGCGCCUGCACCGUGGAGAGAAGUCCUACGAGUGCUACAUCUGCAAGAAGAAGUUCUCCCACAAGACCCUGCUGGAGCGCCACAUGGCCCUGCACAGCUCCGAGACCGGAGUCUCCGGGGUCUCCGGGGUCAGUGCCGCAGGGAGCGCCGGAGGCCCCGCGUCCAUCCCGGUGCCGAUGGCUGUUCCCGAGCCGGGAGCAGGAGUGGUGGCUCUCGCCAUGCCGGUGGGAGUGGGCGGUGCCGGGGGUGGAGUCGGGGGCGGAGUCGGAAGCACCGGAGUGAGCGUCGCUGCGGAAGCAAGCUGCCAGGAGGGGACCACCUACAUGUGCUCCGUGUGCCCUGUCAAGUUUGACCAAAUCGAGCACUUCAAUGACCACAUGCGCAAGCAUGUCUCCGACGGAUAAGUACAAAUAAAAAAAACAUGAAAAAGAAUGAAAUGAUUCAGAAAACGGCACUAGAUUUUUUUUUCUUUUCUUAUAUUGGGGCAUGAAGAGUAAUGAGUAUAGACACUGGCACAUUAAGUUUUCUAGAAAAAAAAUAAGCGUUUAAUUUCUUUUCUUUCUUUUUUUUUUUUUUUUUUUUUUGUCCUUGCUAUUCUUAAAGAAUAAAAAAAGAUGGUGGCCUUAAGGCUGUGUAGUUGGAUGAUGAUCCACUGGCUGGAUCCAUACUACUGGCCUCUAAAUGUAUGCUUUCCUUAAAUACUGAUUUAUGUGUUGAACACUACCGAAAGGCCUGCGAAAGAACACACAAGAAAAAAAAAUUCACAUGCGCGCACACACUCAGACAUACCCACCAACACAAAUACACAAAACCCAUGCAUGCACUCACACGCACAAACUACUUAUACACACUUAUAUAUGGUAGAGGUAUUUUGUACGUCUGUGUAUUUGUGCAUGUGAGCGUGCGUGUGUGCACAAAAUUAAAUAUUGCAGUGAAUUUUUUAAACUUGUAGAUCUUUUCCCAUGUAGACCGUAUUGGACACUAUAAGCGUCCAAGCUUACUGUGGUAUAGAUUAAAAAAAAAAAAAAAGAAAGAAAGGAAAGGAAAGGAAAUUAAAAAAACAGAUUUGGCUCUAGAUUCGUCCUAAAAUAACGAUGGUCACAUGUUUGCCUUUUUAUGUGCGAUAAGCAUAGGAGAGUUGUUCCGAUUUGACACUGGGUUUUUAUUUAUUAUUAUGGCAUUGAGGGAUUAUGAUGUUGAUGUUGUCAAGGUACAAGCCAGUUAUACUAACUGUACUAAAAUGGGAAUUUUUGAGUGGCUAGAUGAAUGAAUGACGAUUAUAAUUAAGACAUUUUCCUUUUCUCCCGACACACUUUUAGUUAUUUGAUGGUUCAGGUCAAGUUUACAAAAAAAAAAUAUAUAUAUAUAUAUAUAUCAAUGACAGUAUUCGAGCAAAACCUUUGAAUGCCGUUAAUAAUAAUUUCCAAUUCGUUUUGCAUACACUGCCACUAAUAAGACGACUGUUAGUUGACCUCCUCCGCUU